AUAGCGAAUGCUAGAACGUGCGAAGGCGAGAAGAGAAAAAUUAGAUACACAAUUAUCUAACGCAGGACAUGAAAUAAAACGUCGUAGUCCUUUGAAAGAGGCUACCAUAAACAUAACUAUCCCUGCUAAGACACCACCCAAGCAGAUAGUUAAAGAAAACAAAGAAAAUUCAUCGGCAUUGGCAUCUAAUGUCAAAUCCAAGCUCGAUAGACUCGGAAAAUUGUAUUCUGUGGGCGUUAUAGAUGAUAAUAGAGAGCUUCUGAGCUCCCCAAUACACCGGACUGAAGAGAAGUUCAGCGCCGAGGAAGUCAGUGAUGAGCCAAGUACCAAGAAGAGUGUAGUCGGUGGUGCUCGGUUGGACCGAUUGGCCGCGCUAGCUUCUACUAUCAAUAAUUGGGAAGAUGAUUUGUCGCAUCCGAUUGUGGCUCCAAAAGAGCCAGUGCGUAAAGUAAAUACAAGAUUCGGGUACAAAGCGUCACCUACAAAAGCUCCCGAAGCCGAGAAAAAGAAGUUCGAGAGGAAGACCCCAGACAAAGCGAUUCCAUCAACUUCAAAGACUCCAGAGAGGCCCGGAACUUCGAAGACUCCAGAAAAGAUGACGCCGGUAUCGAGGACUCCGGAGAGGAAUGGGAAGGAAGUAGCAAGUGGAAAUCGAACGCCAAGCAGGUUUGGUGGUUACAGUGGUUCUCCCAAAAGUAAAAUACAGUCACCAGGUUCGGUUUUGAGUAAAGCUUCGUUGUUUGAAUCCAAAAGUUUAGCUGGUAAGGUCAAGGAUCCCGCGGAGAUGUCACUCUCGGAGAGGAUGGCGAUGUUCGAGAGAAACAAGGGGGAAGCGCUGAUUCCAAAGGCUCCGUUGACGCUGCCAGUCCCGACCAAGAAGCUGCUGGAGAGUUCUAAAGCUCAUAAUCAAACCAGUAAUGAUUACAGAAGAGUUGAAGGCAAUAAAAGCACUCAGAAUAAGCGCGCUCUGUUUGAACAAGGGUUACCCAAACAAGAGCUAGAGAAUGAUAUUUUGCGUGACACGCAAACUGAAAGAAAAAAAGAAUUAGAGAUGUUAAGAUCUCGCUUUAAUAAGAAUAAAGAGUCAGCUCAAGCUGCUGCAGAGUCUUGUAUAAGACCCAGGAAUAAUAGUGAAAAUAAUGGCUCGCCAAAAAAUUCACCAGUUUGUCCGGUUAAACCUACGCCAGCUACUGAACAAGCACCGCCUCCACCGCCGCCACUUCCAACUCCAGAAUCGCGUUCAACAAAGCGCCAAGUAGCCCCAAAGACCCCAGCUCCGCAAGUUGCUCGUACAAUUCUCUCCAACGUCAAGCGUAUAAAAGUGUCUCCGCCAAAACCUGGCAAUCUUUACCCGGAUUUAACCACAAUCGAGUCCUCAGGAACCGAAACUGAAACAGACUCCGAAUACACCCUCGGCACCACAGAAGCAGAGACUGCAACUCUAGACGAAGCUACUGAAACUUCAACCGAGACCGACUUGGACGAGUACUACGGCCUGGACCAAGAAGUUUCCACAAACUGCGAUGAGAGCAACACUAGCUUCGAGAACAGCAUAAUGCGCGUGGUAAAAUCGCACAAGAAUCAAUCUCAGAGUAACAAGCGUCAAAUUGAGUCAGACGAAAGUUCUACUUCGGAUAUUUCCGUGCUAGAUGAAAUGGACGAGUACUUAGACGAGUGUUUAGCGCUUCAGGAGGCUCAAAAUCAUGGACCUACUCCUCCAAAGCAGAACAGAGCAGGCUCCAGUCCUUCAAUGGCUUCAACGAGCUUCAAAUAUUCCCAAAAUGUUUACAAGAGCCCCUUAAAGGUGACUCCCACGCGCUCUCCUCGAAAAAAGGAGACCUACGUCUUAGAAGGCGACUCCCAGGUCCCGUUGAUGCACAGCGUGAGCUUCUACCGUAGGCAGCAGUCCCAGACUCCUAAGACUCCAGUAAGACAAAUCACGCGCUCUGUUGAGUCCACAGAUUGCGAGGAACCUACUGAAGAAGAAAAACGCGAGAGUGUUUUAGUACAGGAAAAAAUUAAACAGCUGAUGGACGAAGUUUGCAAGCAGCAGACAAUAAUUGGCCAAGCUAGCCAAGCUUUGAAUUUAUGCACCGCGACGAUUGAGUUCAGUGGAUCUAGAGAGCAGGUUGAAGGCGAGAGGCUGCUUUUAGUUGCUACUCACCGGAGACACGCGGCUUUGAACGAGCUCCAGAGGAUGCGGGUUGAAGGAACUCUUCGUCCUACGCUUCCUGGGUCUUCUCCGAGGCAAGAAAGCGGCUCGCUGACUAUUUCUGCGCUGACGCUUCCGCUUAAGCGGGAUUUUCAUUUUAGUAGCAGUAAUGAUAUGUGUCUGCACUUCUUGUGCUUGAUUAGACACUUGGAUACUGUGAUCGCGACUCCGGUGGUCCAGGUCAGCCAAAAUGACUCCUGUGUUAGGUUCCCUUCGACAAUCAAGCUCGAGAAUCUUUACUCGGAUUUUAAAGUCACGGUUGAGGUUUACUCCUUGGAGACCCGAGCGGAGAUUCUUCCUCACGAGGUCAAGUAUCAUAUUCACAACAGCAGUCACACCAGUACCAGCUCGGCUAAAAAAGGCAAGACGCCGAAGAAACACAAGCAGGAGAGUCGGCUGAUUAAGCCCUCGCAACCUUCUCCAGGAGGUCCUGGAGCGGUACACUCUCCAGCUUUUAGCUUGACUGGUUAUGUGGUCUUUAGUUUAAAGGAGGUCAAUCGCCAGCAAUUUACGCUCAAUAAGGUACCUCGCAAUUCGUCGCUAGAAGGACAUUUGCAGAUGCACGUGUCCUGUCAGCUGUCUAUCUCGAUAGAGCAUCGCGGUUUCUUGACCAUGUUUGAAGAUGUUGGAGGCUGCGGCUCCUGGCGCAGGCGCUGGUGCUUGCUUAAAGGAGAUACUUUGUCGUACUGGACUUAUCCGGAGGAUGAGAAGAAAAAGACACCUGUGGGGACUCUUGAGUUACAAGAAGUUAUUACUACUAAUGUUAGCUUGGUUGCAAGAGAUAUCUGUGCAAGGCCUAACACAUUCUUGCUUGAAACUAUGAGGCGAGCUCAGCCUAAUGACCAGGAUAGUCUUGUUAUGGUUAAAAAUGGACAGAAUACUACGAUAAGGCAUUUACUGUCGGCUGACACGAAAGAAGAGCGACUGCAAUGGUGUUCAAAGCUCAAUCAGACGCUGAAUUUGAUCCGAGCAUGGGGAGGAAUGUCUGCAGCACAUUAA